GUCAGCAGCGUCUGACGACGACCUCCCCCAACCCCACCGUGUCCAACGCUAUCCGAUUCGGCCAGUCCCCUGCUUCGCCGGAGCUCGGCCGAGAGGGAAGGGCUGGGCCAUGGCGGGAGCCUUCGCUCUCCGCCUCGCGCCGCGUCUCGCCGCGGUGCCACCGGGGAGGGGGAAGGGCGGUGGAGGAGCCAGCCGCGGUGCAGGCAGCAGAGCGCUGGUGACAAAGAAACCAAACAAGGAGCACCAUUUGUGGAUCAGGAAGGAGACAGCUGGGUCAGGGAAGAAGGCUCUCCGUCUUAUUGAUACUGUUUCAAAGUUACCAAAUGAAAAGGAAGCUAUUUAUGGUGCAUUAGACAAGUGGAGUGCUUUUGAGCCUGAAUUCCCUAUUAUAGCAGCAGCAAAAGCUCUGGGGAUGUUGAAAAGGCGAAGAAAAUGGUUAAGAAUCAUCCAGGUAACUAAGUGGUUGAUGACCAAAGGCCAGGUGCUGACAUGGACAACGUAUGACACACUUCUGCUGGCACUUUUUAUGGAUGGAAGGGUAGACGAAGCUGAGUCUAUUUGGACUACUGUUAUACAGACUCAUACGCGCUCAGUGCCCAAGAGGUUGUUCUCUCGGAUGAUCUUGAUGUAUGACAUUCACCAUCAUCCAGAUAAAGUUUUGGAGAUAUAUGCUGACAUGGAGGAAUUAGGGGUGCGUCCAGAUGAGGAUACAGCUAGGCGGAUUGGAAAAGCAUUUGUGGCUUUCGGCCAAGAAGAAAAAGAGAAGUACGUCCUUGAUAGAUACUUGAAAAAGUGGAAGUACAUCCAUUUCAAUGGUGAGCGUGUUAGGGUGCGGAGGGAUGGACCACUGGCAUAGCAACCAUUAUCUGAAAUUCUUGGAGCCAUCAAUAUCACCUCGGUUGGGAAGAUGCCCAUUACUGUCUCUACGAUGGCCAUAGACAGUUAUGAGCAUUGCUCCUACAUGAGAUGGGACAAUGCCGAGAGGUUGAUUUGUAUUGCUCUAGGCUGCGGGAAAAAUGGAAAGGCGCUGGGUGGAACUACUAACAUGAUACUGUGCUAAUUUUGGUAUUGUGUAGCAUCCGCUAGCUGUGAUGGUUUUAAGUUGUAAGUGUUUGUGUAGGGGAGUUCAUUGUCAUAAUCCCGUGCUAUGCUAUGGUCUAAUUUGUCUUUGUGAACCAAAUCUGUACCAACUGGAAGUUGUGGUGGCCCUUACUGUGCUUACUUUUGAAGAACGAUAUCUGACGAUUGGGCCUCAUGUCUUUGAUA